AUGUACGGGCUUGCACAUAGCCCGGCGUCGUCCAGACAGACCAGUCCGGCGUCGAAGGACUACAAUCCCCGCAAACGCGGGAGAACGGCGUGCACCCGCUGCAAAACGAGAAAACAAAGAUGCGACAACGAAUAUCCAACUUGCUCCAACUGUCAGAAGGCGGGGGUCACGUGCGACAAGUCGAGCGUGCGAGAAGAUGGUGACCGCGAGAACGAUUACACACGCGCUCUUGAAGAACGGGUGGCGUUUCUCGAGGGGAAACUGGGCCACGAGUCGAUCACUGGCCAGAAUGUCGGGAACGUCGGGGGCUCAGUCUGGUCACCCCAAGGAGGCCAAGCAACGCCUCGAGCAGCUUCCGGCCUUGAAACCAACCCAGUGGGCGAUAUUGUAGGUCUCCUUGCACUGAGCUCAUCUGAAGCCCCUGCCUAUGUUGGCUCAAGCUCUGGCCUCUCCCUAGCCGCCAAUCUGGGCGAAAUGGUCCAAACCAGUGUAUGGAACCAGUUCAUCUCCAGGAUGCAAGAACAGCAGGCUGCAUCAUAUGCUGGACAAAUUCAGAAUCCUCCUGGGGGACCGCCUGGGAUACCGAGGCCUGAAAGCUGUGCGCGUAUUCGAGAUCGCCCUAAGAGAAUGGAAGAGCUUUUGCCUGCCAAUCUAGAGCCUCCAUCCAAUGAGAUGGGAUCAAGAAUACUUGAUACAUAUUUCCAGCGCUUACACUCUCGGUACCCGUUUUUGGACCGCCGGCAAAUGUGGCGCAUUCACGAGGAGAGAGGGAGGCUGUACAAGACUAAGCGUGAAGAGCUCUCGCAAUCUGAUCGAUUUGCUAUCUUCAAGCUAAAUAUGGUCUAUGCCAUUGGUGCUACUAUGCUUAAAUUGAGCGAAAACGAGAAAUAUUCAUAUACUGCGCCUGAGCGAUACUACACAUCCGCACUGCAAUAUGUACCAACAAUGUGCGAUGCUCGUUCUGUUGAGAAUAUCGAGGCAAUGGUACUUCUGGUGGUAUAUCACCUUCGCACAGCCUCCAGUCACGGAAUGUGGUACAUGAUCGGAUUAGCCAUGCGAACUGCAAUCGAUCUUGGUCUCCACCGCAAGGCGAACGAGAUCAACCUGGACCCAUUCACUACUCAAAUUCGAAGGCGAUUAUUCUGGGUAGUCUACUACCUCGAACGAGUUGUAUCAAUGUCCCUUGGUCGUCCAUUCAGCAUCUCCGAUCGUCACAUUGACCUCGACUUACCACUAGACGUGGACGACGACACUUUAGACCCGGCCCUUCUCACAAACCCCCAACCGCAUAGCAAGCCAACAUCCUUAACCUUCGCAAUUUAUCUUUUCAGACUCCGCCGCAUCGACUCCCGUAUCCAACAUAAAAUCUACCGCGCCGACCGGCCCCUCUCAUCCCUUCGCCCAAAGAUGGACCCUCUCUACCUCGAACUUGAAGAAUGGAAAGAAUCAGCCCUCCUCCGCUUCGCCGGUUCAGACCUCGACUACCCAAUGCUCCACUACAACCGCGCCGUUAGACUCCUAAUCCAACCGUUCCUCCCCCUUCUUCCAAUAACAGACCCAUACUACCACAUCUGUCUCCGCGCCGCCGGCGAAAUUUGCCAAACUCACAAACGCCUUCACCAAACUUUAGAAUACGGCCACUCCUUCCUUGCCGUUCAAACCAUCUUCAUGGCCGGUAUCACCCUCCUCUACGCCCUCUGGACCCACACAGACCAAGUCUGGUCCGUCCGAAUGUCAAACGACAUCCGCGCCUGCUCAACAGUUCUCUUCGUGAUGGGCGAGCGCGCAGCAUGGGUAAAAAAGUACCGCGACGCAUUCGAACUCCUAGUCAACGCCGCAAUGGAAAAGCUCCAAGGCAACGAAACAGCCCGCAACGCAAAUAUGGCCGAAUUAAUGACCGCGCAGCAUGGAGGCGUCUCGCUAAACACAGCCGUGCCGGGGAUGUCAGCGGGUGAAAAAUUCCCGCCUGCGGAUCCGACGGGACUCGCGCCGGAGGGGACUACGCAGUAUCCGGCUGAUGAGGCGGAUCAUGCGGUUAGAAUGGCGUUGCAGCUUGCGCCGUGGAUUGAUCAGGAUCAGAGUGAUCCGUUAUGGAUGCCUGACUUUGAGACCUUGGAGAAUCUUUCGGGAAAUUUUUGGAGUCAUGCUGAUACGACCCUGUUUGAUGCUUUGUAA